AUGACUACUGACGCUGCUAUUAAAUUAAAAGCUGCUAAGAACUCUCUAGUGGCUUCACUAUUUGAGUUAUCUAAGGCCUCUAAUCAAACUGCAUCUUCUAUUGUUGAUUUCUAUAACAACAUCGGUGAAGAUGAAGAUGAAAAGUUAGAAGCUUUUACUACUCUUACUGAGGCUCUACAGAACCUAACAUCUGCUACUAAUUCUUUAAACGGAAUCAGUUCUGAAUUGGUUAAUCCAGGUGAAGAUGAGAAAGAUGUCUCUGCUGCUACUCCUGUUAAGGCUCCUGCUAAGAAGAAAGUUGAACGUGACCCAAAUGCUCCAAAGAAACCAUUGACUGUUUUCUUUGCUUACUCUGCUUACGUUCGUCAAGAACUUCGUGAUGCUAGACAAAGAGCUGGUCUUGCUCCUCUAUCCUCUACUGAGAUUACUCAAGAGAUUUCCAAGAAAUGGAAGGAUUUGAGUGAUGCUGAAAAGGAUACUUGGAAGAAAGCUUACAAUGUUGAAUUGGAACAUUACCAAAAGGCUAAACAAGAAUACCUAGAAGCCAAGAAGAACGGUACUUUACCACCUGCCACCGCUGGUCCAAAACAUGCCCCUGUCCCAAUCCCAUUUGGUUUAAUACAACAUGAAAAUAAGAGACCACACGAUGAUGACAGUUCUGAAAAAAAGAAGAAGAAGAAGAAGAAGGAUAAGAAGAAGGACAAGGCUGCUUAA